AUGGCUCACAUUGAGAGCACUCAGUUCUAUAAUACCAAGUGCGGAGCGACUGAAGUAAGCGCCAUGCGCGUCAUGCGAGCCGAGGGCGAUGAAGAAGGUCAUCAAAGCAGAACGAGAAUUGAAGUACGGAGACAACAGGAGACAAAACCAAAACAACAAACAACAGGAUCAGAACAAAUACAACCGGAAAAAACACGACCACUUCAAAAACAACAAAAAACCAAAACACAAGCACCCAGAAUCGGUCUCGGUGUGAGCCUAUGGAAGAACACCGUGUCGAUUCCAACAAAUUUUGCAGUCAAGCCUUCAAAUCGGCCCCAAAGGUGA